AGACUUGAGUGGCAACUCGCUGACGGGAAGCGUGCCCGUUGAAAUGAGCCUCAUGACAAACCUGCAGUACCUAAAUCUCGGCAAGAACCAAAUCACGGGGUCUGUUCGUGCGGAACUUGGACAAUUGAAUAAAAUGGCGUACUUGUACCUUAACGACAACAAGCUUUCAGGAAGUGUUCCUGUUGCGUUGAAAGGAUUGACUGGCCUCCAGGAGUUGUCACUCGCUAACAACCAGCUGGUGUCAGCCAGUGUGGACACGGUGCUUGCUGUCUUCACCUCCGUCUCUGUACU